AUGGAAGCAAGUAUGAGUAAUGAGGCAUUGACUACUACCGAAGAGGAACAAGUAACUAAAAAUGAUGUUGUAGAACAGGUAGAAGAUUCCGGCGAAAUGGAGGCCGCGAAAGACGCCAACGAUGAGGUACAAUGCCCAGAGAGCGAAAGCGUGUUAGAGGCCUCGGAUAACAAACAGGCUACAUCAGAUAGCGAGGCAGAGAAGGCUACAGAAGAAUCGGUAGAAGAAGAUAAUAACGACAAAGAUACCUCUAAAGAAGUUGAUGAGUCAGCUGUUGAUGAAAGUAAAGUUGAAAAUUCAAACAAAGAAAACGAUUCAUUAGUUGAAGAAGAAAAGCCGGAUGAUAACAAUGGUUUAGGCCUAGAUGAGGAAAAGGAUGAUUCGAAAGAAAAAUCAGUAGAGGAUUCUGAGAAAGAUAAUGAGAAAGAUACUAGUAACAAAGUGGAUUAUGCUAGCUUGGCACCAUGGUUUAAUGAGGAAAUUCAUCGCUUGUGCAAGAAAAAUAUUCAGCUUUACAAGCGAGCACGUGAACAAAAAAACCAAACAAAAUUAUGGGAUGAAUUUAAGGGCCAUCAGCGUGAAGUUCACCAGUUGAUUCGCAAAACUAAGCGUGAAUACCAGUCAACGAAGGGUUUAUCAGACGAGGAAAUGGCAAAAUUAUCCACAAAGUCGUCAGCGAAAGCCAAAGAAUUUGGUCUGCUUGAGCUGGAUGCUGAAGCAAUAACUGACGGACGAAACCUUAAAGAAUCUGACAACAGAGGGGGUUCACAUAAACGAGGCCACGGCGAUGGCUGGGUGUCCCCACAGGAAAAGAGGAGGCGAGACCAAGUAAUGAGAGAAUACUACAAAAUGUAUUACUGA